AUUCAACGACACCACGAGAUCAAUCAUCAGUCUUCCUACCAAGUCAGAUCAUAGUAGAAAGAUUAAGAAAUAGGCAAGCUAAAUAACAACUUCUUCCAUUUGCAGUCUUGAAAUGUCUGCCCUGAAAAUUCUUUUAUUGCUUUGUGCAAUGAUAGUUGUCUCUCGUUGCGAUAUAGCGAGGCGUUCAGAGCCCGAGAGUGACAGUGAUGAACAAUUUUCGGACAGUGUGGAUAGUCGUGACGAUGAAAACCAAGACUUUCUUCCAAAGUUUUACAACCUCGAUGAUAUCCCCGAUGCACCAACGAGUGCUCCUGGUGACAACAAACGAACAGACUGUUUGGAAGAGCUGUUCACCCAAGCUGGAUUACAUAAGGAGUCCAUCCCGCGCUACAUUCAGGCCUUCCGAAACAACGAGUUGGACGUCGAUGCCCUGUAUGGACUAAACUACCUUGAACUUGUUACUCUGCUUCAGGGCAAGGCUUUUGGUAUCAGCAAUGCUGGAGAAAUAUUCCGACUUCACAACUGUAUCCAUGACUACGGAAAAUGCAUCAUGAAACCGUUCUGCCAGAAUGGUGGACGAUGUGUACAUGGAGAUAUCAUCCGACAGCAUAUCUGCCAAUGUCCUAAGAAUUUCCAGGGCGACCAUUGCCAAGAGAAGGUGGAGGAUCGCCUCAGUAAGAUACAAGACACUCUUGUUUUACUUCAGCAUCAAGUUGCUCACUUUGGUGUUUCUUACACUCGCUGGGGAAAGGAAAUGUGCAACGAGACAGCUGGAGCUUCCCUAGUUUACACCGGGUUCAUGGCUGGUUCUCACUUCACUCACGAUGGUGGUGCUGCCGAAUAUCUCUGCUUGCCCGAGGAGCCUCAGUAUGGAGACUUCAAACCUGGAGAACAGUCAGGAAACCUGGUCUAUGUUACUGAGUUGGAAACUACUCAUACAUUUGAGCCUUUCACCGGCCUGCACAAUCACAAUCCACUGUGUGCAGUAUGCCAGGCUGACUCUCGUGUGUCCCACAUCAUGAUUCCAGCUAGAAAUACCUGUCCUUCGGGCUGGACUUUGGAGUACCAUGGAUAUCUAAUGGCGCAGGAGCAUUCACAACGCCGCACAAAGAAUGUUUGCGUGGAUGUGGACCCAGACGUCAAGGGAACAUCAGUAAGCCUGAAUGGAGCUCUCUUGUACUUCACGGAGGUCACGUGUCAGAGUGAGAUGCCAUGUCCCCCAUACGACCAGCAGAAGGAGCUAACAUGUGCAGUGUGUACACGCUAAGAGGAUUCCAUUCACCAGAGAAACUUAAUGAUCCCUGGGGAUCUGAGCAUGAUAGUAAUUUCUCUAAUCCCAGACGGCACAUUAGCUUAUGCAGGUUGGUAACUCCCCAAACCAUAUACAUGUACUAGCAUUCAGCGUUUGUUAGUUCUGUAUUUUUACAAAAAGGUUUGUCCCCCAUCUUGUUUUGGUUUCAACAGCAGUUGGCCAUGCAUCCGACAUACAGCAAUUGUAGAAUGCAUCACGUUCACACAUACAUCUAUGCUAAGAACAUUUCGCAAACACGUGUUUUGAUUUUUUCUCCAAGAUCUCACUAAAAAAGAAUCACUUCCGAAGGAAAAUUAUUGCCUGUAGACUUUCAAUGAACUUCGGUAGAGGCCCUUAGACCACUCGCUCUAAAUCUCUCACAGUUGCCAACUUCAUUAUUUUUGGCACUUUGCGGCACGUUUGUGCUGAAUUUUCUGUCUUUUCUACUUUUCGAUCACUCCGGCUGACUACAUCUGUCUCCCAACGACGGUCACUAUACGGCCUUACACUACUCUGAACAACUAUCCAACUACUAUAAAUGUUCCGAAAUCCAAACGGGUACCCUUUUCCUAA